AACACAUGCUGGAUGGUCUAUAUGAUCUCUGUUGGUCUUGGUGGUGCUAUAAGUACACGAGUAUCAAAUGAGCUUGGUGCUGGGAACUCACAAGGCGCCCGCUUAGCUCACAGGGUGAUGAUCAUAAUAGCAAUCACAGAGGGUGCAACAGUUGGGAUCACGACAAUUUUGGUACGCCAUGUUUGGGGAAAGGUCUACAGCAGUGAAGCAGAAGUGAUCAAAUAUGUUGCUAAAAUGAUGCCACUUCUGGCAUUAUCCGACUUCCUGGAUGGAUUCCAAUGUGUGCUUUCAGGAGCUGCAAGAGGAUGUGGAUGGCAAAAUCUCUGUGCAUUAAUCAACCUUGGAGCUUAUUAUGGUGUAGGAAUUCCUUCUGCAGUGCUCUUUGCAUUUUACUUUCAUAUUGGAGGCAUGGGGCUUUGGAUGGGAAUCAUUUGUGGACUUUCUGUACAAGUUUUGGCACUUGUUACAGUAAAUGCAUGUACGAACUGGGAUAAAGAGGCAGCUAGAGCCCUGCGCAGGCCGCAGAGUUCAGAAAACCGGCCUUCUUAUUGACACUGCACCAUAGAGUUGCAUUUUGCAUCAAAUCAGGACAACCAGUUGAAGCUAGAUUGAUAUCUUCAUUGAGGAAAGCGAAAGCAUCUGUAUAAAUGAUAAAGCAAUUAUGUGCAUAAAAUCAAUUUGCAGUCAUGAAAAUCACUGGAUUUACAUAAAUUACUCUCCUAAUCUCCUUA